CAGCCGUCAGUCUGAAUUUUGAGGCCGAACUGAGCGUUUCGCGGGCAAAAAGUUACGAUGAAAGUCCUCAUAUUGAUGGGUAUUAUCGCUCUUCCCUUCACUCUGGGGGACAGUGUGAAAUGCUACGACGGUGUCGAUUGCAAACAUCCGUGCAGGGCUAUACCCAAUAGAGAAGUCUUCUGCACCUCUCAGUGCUUGAAAGUAGACUUCGAAAUGUCUGAUAAGAGUGUGGCUACUGCGCGCAAAUGCGGUGCUACUUACUUGGGCAAUCAGGGUCCAGCAUUUUCCCUGUUCAAUUUAACGUCGUAUGCACCAGGAGCCAAGGCCAUACCCGAAAUAACCGCUGGGCAUGUGUACUUGUGCAAGAAAAAUCUGUGCAAUGGAGCGGAGUCGAGCGUAUCAACAUCUUUACUGUUGACCUUCGUUGUCAUGGCUCUGGUUGGAGUCUAUCGGAAUGCGCUUUCAUAAUUUAUCUAUUGUUUACACUGAAAAUUGCCUCGGUAAAGGAACACUGUUGAAAUAUUUUUGAAAUUUCCUGGAAGAUGUUACAGUAAAUCUCAUGGGAGGGACAUUUAACCGGAUUUUGGGAAAAAAGGGUUAUGAAAUUUGAUGGUCUAAGUAGAAUUCACACAAUUUCAUGGGUUUUCAGUGGAACAUGAAUAUUCAGAAACAAAAUAACGUGAAUUUUCAAUUUUUCCCUGAAUUUUCCCGA